UAAAAUAAAUAGUUUAAAUAGAUUAAGUCUGAAAAUUCAAGACCCAAUUGGUGAUAAUUAAACAAUAUGAUGAGUGGAUUAAGAAGGGGUCAGAAGAAAGAGAGCAUCAGUCAAAGCUUCUUUCAGCAAUCUAUUUUAAAGAAAACAAAGAAUGGCAGAAUUAUGAUACCUUUGUCGAUGAAUUUUAACAUCUAAUAUUCGCAAUAACAAUUACUGUUGUAAAAAAUUCUGAGGAUCAAUAUGGGUGUUACUUCCUAGCCAUAAUCAAGCCAAGACCGAAGGCCAAUCUACAAUAGUUUGAGCAACAUCGAAUUCAUAAUAAUGGUAUAUUUUUCUAAAGAGCGAGAUCUAAAACCUUCUCUCUUUGUAAGAGAGAAUUCCAAUGCUGAGCAAAUGAAUUUCAUUUUUCUGUAAGCUCUUUCAAGCUUAAAAACCUCGAAUAUUAGUCAAAAAAUAACAUCUGCAUUAUUUAAGGCAGAUCUUUAUCAAAUUUAUUUGAAAUAUUCCUUUCAGCAACAACUUCUGAAUUUUAAGUUAUUAAAUCUAGCUGGAAGUUCUCUUCGUCAACAAACGAGCCUAAUUGGAAAUAGUCAAAUUUAGCCAAAACUUGGUUUACAAUAUUGGUAAAGUUGAGUGAAGAAAUUCUCCAAUAAUGCUUCUAAAAUAAUUUUAAGCAUAACUACUGAUAGACAGAGUAAGCAGUGAUAAUUAAUGUGUUUGUAAGCGUUACAGGUAGAAUGAGCCGAACAAGUACCAUGACUUAAAUCGAACAGGGAAAAUUAUGAGAACGAUCGCUUCUAUGAAUCAACAAAACUAGGAGGUUGUAAUUGAUAUAAUUCGAUGAAAAUAGCUCUGAAAUUAAUCCAGAAUCUUGAUUCAAAAAUUAUCUGAAGAGUUAUCCUGAAAAGAUCUUCAAGGUGUGUAAGUAGCAUUAGAGUUGAUUUAACAUAAUUUCUAACUAAUGAAAUAUCUUCUAAAACAAUAGUACAAUAUUGGUAGUUAAGAAUAGUUUAAUAGGGAAUUUGCCUCGUCAGGAAUUUAAAGGAAACCAUCAAUGGGCAACAAAAGAGGUGAUCUAAACCUAUCUUAUCUUCAAAAAAUCAGCCCUGAGGCACAAUUAUCCUUCUGGAAUAAUUUUGAUUUCCUCUAGUCUUCA